CAUCUCUCCUCUCUCUCUUUAGAGUUGGGCGUUAAAAAAUGCCCCAAAUCGGGAGCUUCAAACUAUUCCUCCCAACCAAAUACUCUUCUCAUUCUCUCUUCCGCCUUAAUUCCUUUCCUCCCUUUUCUCUAUUUUCUAAGCCUAAAACCAAAACCCUUUCUAAACCCUUUUCUCCUCUAACCACCACUACCACUGUCUUCUCUUAUUCUCCAGGAAAACAGCAAAGAAACACUCCUCCUUUGAGGAUUAGAGAUAACAGUACUCUCAGAGAAGUUAAAAAGAGAGAGUUAGGGAAAGAGAAAGAACCAAUGAAGGAGGCUAAUGAAGCUGCUGGGUUCAAUAAAAGAAGAGCUGAAGGAAGAGAUAAAAAUGAUAAACCCAAAACCCUUCAGUUGAAAAAUCGGAAACUGAACCCUGUCAACACUUGCUGCUAUGUUCAGGUAUUGGGAACUGGAUUAGAUACGCAAGAUACUUCACCAUCAGUUUUGCUGUUCUUUGAUAGGCAGAGGUUUAUUUUUAAUGCUGGAGAGGGGUUGCAAAGGUUCUGCACAGAGCACAAGAUUAAGUUAUCCAAGAUUGAUCACAUAUUCCUUUCUCGUGUCUGCUCAGAAACUGCUGGUGGACUACCAGGUCUUUUGUUGACUUUGGCUGGGAUGGGAGAUGAAGGGAUGUCAGUUAACGUAUGUGGUCCCUCUGAUCUCCAAUAUUUAGUUGAUGCUAUGAGAUCUUUCAUUCCAAAGGCGGCAGUGGUUCAUACUCGUAGCUUUGGACCUUCUUUGAUUUCUGAUGGAGCUUCAAUCUCCGAGAGUGAAACAUUUGCAGAACCUAUAGUUUUAAUUGAUGAUGAGGUUGUGAAGAUAUCUGCUAUCCUUUUAAGACCAAGUUGUUGCUCAUCAUCAAAUUCACAAGAUUCAGACACGGAAAACGUGGCAGUGCUAAAGCCCGGCGAUAUUUCUGUUAUAUAUGUCUGUGAAUUACCUGAGAUCAACGGAAAGUUUGAUCCAGAGAAAGCUAAGGCCCUUGGACUGAAACCUGGACCUAAACUUCGUGAUCUGCAACUUGGAAAAUCAGUCAUGUCAGACUUUCAAGAUAUCACAGUUCAUCCAAGUGAUGUGAUGGGUCCCACAAUUCCCGGCCCUAUUGUGCUCCUUGUGGAUUGCCCUACCCUCUCUCAUUUGCGGGACUUGAUAUCUCUACAAUCUCUGAAUAGUUACUAUGACGGUGUUAAGAUUGUGAGUUGUGUUAUUCACCUGAGUCCAUCAUCUGUCACAAUGACUGCUGAGUAUGAUACUUGGAUGAGAAGAUUCGACGGAGCCCAACAUAUCAUGGCUGGACAUCAAAAAAAGAAUAUGGAGAUUCCAAUUCUAAAAUCAAGUGCAAGAAUGGCAGCUCGACUUAAUUAUCUUUGUCCCAACUUCUUUCCUUCACGGGGAUUUUGGGAUCAUCAGCAUCUUAUCAAUGGUAACCCAGAUAUCAUAGCAUCAAGUGUGGUUUCUGUUCCAAAUCCAUCUGAAAGUGUUGCUGCUGAAAAUCUUCUUAAGUUCCACUUGCGUCCUUACUCACAUUUUGGGUUGGAUAAAUCUUCGAUACCGGAGUUGUUGACUUCUGCAAAGGCAAUUGAUGAGCUUCUCUUAGAAAUCCCUGAGAUAGUAGAUGCUGUAAGUGAAGUUAGUCAUCUAUGGAAUAAGAUUGGAGAUGCUAAAGAGUUGAUACUUUCGCCGGAGCAAAAUAUUAUUAUGAUGGAAGAACCAUGGAUGGACGAGAAUGCUUCUGUUCUUGAUAAAAACUUAGGAAAGCAAGGUUCAGAUGCAGCUCUAAAGGAGAUUCCACGUAGCGUCAACACGGAUGACCUUAAUCACGACUCUAGUCUUCCUAGUUGUUUGGAGAACAUGACAAGAGAAGAGAUGGAGAUUGUUCUUCUAGGAACAGGUUCAUCCCAGCCAUCAAAAUAUCGCAAUGUUACUUCCAUCUUCAUUAAUCUUUUCUCUAAAGGAGGUUUGCUCCUAGAUUGUGGCGAGGGAACUCUAGGACAAUUGAAAAGAAGGUUUGGUGUAACGGGUGCUGAUGAUGCUGUGAAAGGUUUAAAAUUUAUCUGGAUUUCACAUAUUCAUGCAGAUCAUCACACCGGUCUUGCAAGAAUUCUUGCCCUCAGAUGCCAAUUGUUAAAAGGUACAGUUCAUGAACCAAUAAUUGUUGUUGGACCAAGGCAACUGAAGAGAUUUUUGGAUGCAUACCAAAGGCUCGAGGAUCUAAACAUGCAGUUCCUCGACUGUGGUCAUACAACGGAUGCUAAAUGGGAGGGUUUUGAAAGUCAAUCUUUUCUGAGAAGUGCAAAGGAAGAGGUAAAUAAGGAUGAUGGGGUGAAAGAAAUAGCUCAAAAUUUGGAGACGAGUUUAUUUGUUAAAGGAAGCCGCAUGGAGAGUUACUGGAAGAGACCAGGAAAUCCUGGUGAAACAACUGGGGUUUUUGAAAUUCAACAAAAGUUGAAAAAGGUUCUAGGUGAAGCAGGUCUGGGAGCUCUGAUCAGUGUUCCUGUCGUGCACUGUCCUCAGUCAUUUGGCGUUGUUCUAGAGGCUGCAUCUAGACUUAAUAAUGAAGGUAAAACUAUACCCGGUUGGAAACUUGUUUACUCUGGUGACACCAGACCUUGUCAAGAACUGAAAGACGCGUGUCAAGGAGCUACUGUUCUUAUACACGAGGCAACGUUUGAGGACACUAUGGUGGACGAAGCUAUAGCAAGGAAUCACAGUACAACAAUGGAAGCCAUUGAAGUUGGAGAAGGUGCAUAUCGGAUCAUCCUCACACAUUUUAGUCAAAGGUAUCCGAAGAUUCCAGUUUUUGACGAGACACAUAUGCAUAAAACAUGUAUUGGUUUUGAUAUGAUGAGUGUUAACUUAGCAGAUUUGCCAGUGCUUCCGAAGGUUCUUCCACACCUCAAACUCCUAUUUAAAAAUGAAAUGAUUGUUGAAGAAUCUGAUGAUACUGUAGACUCUGAAACCUGAUAAUGUUUUUUUACCUUUGUUUCAUUUACUUGUUCAGAAAACAAUAACGCCAUAACCCCAUUGAGAUUCUUUAAUCUAUCGAUAUCAAUUUUUGUA